GAAAACAAGAGCGCGAGGAGUCGUUUCACUCCUCAUUUCAGCACCACGCGCCUCCGGGACAGCGCCCGAAUGAACUCGCGCGUAGAUUCGAGCGUCGCGUGCCUUAUAAGGGACAGAGCCGAGUCAGCACCAAGUCCGACCGAAGUGGAGUGAGACGUUAGAAAACAAACACACACACACACACACACACACGAACUUCUCCGAACCUGUAGCUCGGUGGACGGUGAAGGUCUUACUCCACCCGCGAGCCAGGAGCUAGUCGCUCCCUCCAACAACACAGCAACAGGGCAGGAAGCAUGUCUGAGAAGAAACCCAGCCAGCGGUUUCACAGCCUGAACUCAGAACAGGUGGAGGUGCUGCAUCAGGUGCUUUCAGAAGUGGUGCCCAUCCACGGCCGCGGGAACUUCCCCACACUGGAGCUGCGACCCCGUGAUAUUAUCAUAGCGGUGCGGGCCAGGCUGCAGAAGCAGGGAAUCACGGUCAGAGAUGUCCGUCUGAACGGCUCCACGGCCAGCCAUGUCCUGGUUCGGGACAACGGGACGAGCUACAAAGACCUGGACAUCAUCUUCGGAGUGGAACUGCCAAGCCAGGAGGAGUUCCAGGUCAUCAAAGAGUCCGUGCUGGGCUGCUUGCUGGACUGCCUGCCCGUCGGGGUCAACAGGGAGCGGAUCAGCAGCGCCACAAUGAAGGAGGCCUAUGUUCAGAAAAUGGUCAAAGUUUUCAACGAACACGACCGCUGGAGUCUUAUCUCGCUGUCGAACAACAGUGGCAAAAACCUCGAGCUCAAAUUCGUGAGUGCCCUUCGGCGCCAGUUUGAGUUCAGCGUUGACUCCUUCCAGAUCAUUCUGGACCGACUCCUAGAGUCUUACAUGCAGCAGGACGUCAUGCACAAGCUAAAUGCUGUUAAGCUGAAGGACCAGUCAGCAGAAAGUGAGAGUAACUCCUUUUCACCUGAGCCCAGUCAGACCUUCGCUCCAGAUGCAGAGAAGCCCACCGUCCACUCGUCCGAUGAGCAAGGGGGCAAGCUAAGUGGGACAGAGCCGAGGGAGGAAGUGCAUGAAAAAGAGUCUCAGACUGAAUUCUCACAACAAGCUGAGCAUUCAGAAGAAACGAAAAGCUCCAAAGGAGACAAAGGGAAAGCAUCUGCAGAGAUGGACUUGUCUGAGCACAAAGGCAACUUGAAUGAUGAAGAAAAGGCACAAAUGAACGCCGGGUUAGAAAAGAAACAAGCUUCUGAUGAAUCCGAGCCACCGGCUCAAACAGAAGCUAAAUGUAACUCUGAGCUUGUAGAUCAGUCUCAGCCGUCAACGACAGCAGACAAGCUGGAGGAAACGAAGUCCUGCGAUGGCCAACAACCAACAGGUUCAAAUCUCAAGGAAGCCUGUGUCCAGAAAGAACUGGCUGACUACACAAAACCGCUUGAUGAAAAGAGAGAAAUCGCAGGGCAGAUGGGACGUUCUGAUACGCCUAAUGCUUCUAAAAUAACUCCGGCAGAGUGUCUAAACCUUGCAGAGGAGUCCGACAGCACCGAGCAAUCUGAUAACACAGACUUAUCUGAGCAUUUCAUAGAGGAUCAGAGAAGCAAUGAGGCAGAUAACACUCAACACGUGUCUGCCUCGGACACAUGCACAUCUUCAUGUGCAAAGAUAGAGGCGGGGUUAGAAGAUGAAGGCAGAGUGGAAACAGAGAACAGGGAGCAGAUUGAAGCAGAAAGGGAAAGUGAUAGAAAAACGUGUGAAAUCACACAGGAGUUUUCAGCAUCAGAGGAGAAACAUUUAGAAGACACACAGAGUAUUGAUUGUUCCUGCUCCACCUCUUCCACUCUUCCACUCAGCAGCACACGGCCCACUGACACGGACGAUACACUGGAGAUUCACAGCGCACAAUCCACAGGUAACUCAGAGGAAACAGCUAGCCCUUCUGAUCCCAUCAGCCCUUCAGAUACUCAGGAUAAUUUACCCACACCACCUGGCCUUGUUUCUGACAAAAAGACCUCCUCCUCUCCUUCUUCUAAGGUCUCUGACAGACUGUCUCACAUGGUGGUGCUUAAACAUUCAUCCCCGAAACCCCCGAGGCGGAUGUGCAGAAAGGUCACGCCUAGCGCUCACUCCAGCCGAGUGUCUGAAAGUGAGCUUGUUGUUGCAGCCUACACAGAUUUAAACCCUUGCCCUGCAGGUGAAUCCAGCAAAGAGUUUGAUGUGAAGCCAGUGAUUCCCACUUCAGACCCUUCAACUGUCCCAACAAGUAUCUCUCUCAAACCAAACUCUGGACCUGAACUUGAGCUUUCAAGUUACUCAUCUUCAACAAGUAUCUCUCUCAAACCAAACUCUGGACCUGAACUUGAGCUUUCAAGUUACUCGUCUUCAGACCCUGAUCUUACCUCAGCUUCUGAUCCAGACCCUGAGAUACUUUUUCCAUCACCUCCAGACCCCACAUCUCCGUUACCUCAAGAAGUAUCUUCCUCUAAGAUGGACACGACUGAUUUGUCUGAAUCGAGCCUGAAAGAGACGUUAAACACACCCACAGAUAUGGAUGAGCAAAUUCAGUCCUGCAUGAAACAAGGGGUCUUUGAACCCAAAGAAUCAGAGCCUCUUGACUCAGCGGACACACCCAGCACCAACACCCAUGACCCUGAGAAAAAAGCUUUAGAGUCUCCAGCUGGGACAGGGGAACAGACCAGAGAAAUGAGCUUGAAUCAGCCAAAUGUCACUUCACAAGAAACUACUCCAAGUUUACCGUCUUCCCAUACCAUCAUCCCCCCAGUACUCAGCCUGUCUCCUCCUCACUACACACCCUCGCCCCCUUGUCCCAGUCCUCCCCCAUGUUUGACUCCCCCAUCUCCAAUGUUAAGCACCAUGAGCCCGACAAGCUUUAGCUCUCCACCCCAAAGUUUCAGCCCAACCUCUUCUUGCCUCAGCUCACCUCCUUACCUCACUCCUCCGAUGCUCAGCCUUAGCCCUCCCCCACUCUGCGCGACGCCGCCGUCCCCCUGCCUCAGCCCUCCCCUCCUCUGUUUCACCCCGCCAGUAGAGUCUGGUGACCUUUUACCUCAGGGAUCUUCGGAUACAGAGUCUUUGAUAAUAAAUGCAGAUGAGAAUGAGCAUGGCGACCUGUCCUCUCCUCAGUCAGGAGUUUCGCCCUUAGAGUUGGAGGAGACAAAGGAAAAUGGUUAUAUCUCCUCUUUGCCUCAGGUUGUCGAGCCUGUCUCUUUUCCAAUCACAAUUCCAAGUUCCACCUCACCAGUUCUGCCUCACCCUCAGCCUGGGGAUUUAGCGGUACCAACCCCUCCAAAAGCCACUGAGGCAUCCAUCACUGUGCCUGAUGAUAAAGACGUUCCGAAAGCAGCCCCAGAAAUAACUGACCUGUGCAGUCCCUCUCAAGCAUCAGAUUCAGUGCCUGCAGUUGAGGUCUUGGCAGAGAGCAUGUAUGGGGACUUUGAGGCGGCAAUGGACCACCUGCGCUAUCGGCUGAUUGCCACCAGAAACCCUGAAGAGAUCAGAGGUGGCGGUUUGUUGAAAUACAGCAACCUGCUGGUCAGAGACUACCGGCCAGCCAGCGAGACUCAGAUAAAGACGCUGGAGCGAUACAUGUGCUCGCGCUUUUUCAUUGACUUCCCCGAUGUACAGGAGCAGCAGAGGAAAAUUCUGUCUUACUUGAAGAACCACUUCAUCGGCGAGGAGAGGAGUAAGUACCAGUACCUGAUGACCCUCCGUCGGGUCAUAGACGACAGCACGGUGUGCCUGAUGGGACACGAACGGCGUCAGACUCUGAACAUGAUCACAGUUCUUGCUCUGAAGGUUCUGGGCGAACAGAACAUCAUACCCAACACAGACCAUGUGACGUGCUUCUACCAGCCAGCCCCAUACCUUGCCGAGCACACAGCCCCGUAUCUGGCAGAGCCUAGCUACUGCAGCUACUUCAUACCACAAGGGGGAUCGACUCUGCUGUACCAACCUUACCCUUUACACCUCCACCCACAGACUGGACUAGUCUGAGACAAUGUGGCAUAAAAAAACACACACACAAAAGAUUGAGGGGGAUUGUGCUCACCACAAGGGAAGAGCUGGAGAAUGGAAAACUAAUCCAGGGAUGAACUGUUUGGUCUAUAAUAGACCUGUGUGGGUGGAAUUGAGUGGGUUUCACAGUAAACUUCUUGAGAACUCUAUAAGGUUCUAACAUGAUUAUAUGUAAUUAUAUCCGGGCUUUGUGGGAAAAUAAUAAUUCUUCCGAUAUUGUUCAAAUUCCAGAAAAUGCCGUAUGCACUGCAUGAGUCAUAGGUCUUUGGUCUCCCUGGGAAACCAACUGUGCUGUUGACAUUCACACACAUCCAAACACACAUGCCGGUGUGUGCGUGCACACUGCCAUGUGGACACACACAGACACACAAACACACUUCCAGGUUCUUAAAUUGUUGUUCACUCCUUUCAUGGUCUUACUGUGUUGUUCUUAAUGCGUUUGUUCAGAACGUGGACCUUGCCUGUGGUUGAUAUUGUGCAUGGAUACAUUAGGACUGUUUUUUCACUGCCAAAUACUGUGUGACUACUAUGCUUCUCAGACAGUUUUAUGUAACUUUGUCAGUCCUUUACAGAAGGGAUGUUUUAUGAAAAAAACAAACAAACCACAGCGUGACGGGGCUACCAGUGUGCGCAGCGUUUUCAUGAGAGGAUGAAACACUGUAACGCACUCAACGUUAGACGAUGCACGAGUAGCUUAAUAGAUCACAUUUAAAGUCAAUUAAAGACGUUUAAUUUAUUAGAAACUGAUCUAUUUUUGCAAGACUUUCCGAGACUAAAAGUACUGGUUAGUACCAAAAGAGAAAUGCCAACAACAAUGCCUUUGAUGUAGACUGUACAGCAUAUCGGUUACAGUAUUUCUUGUGCAAAUACAACGUAUUGUUUUCAGGUAAACUGUGUUACAAUGUAGUGCUUGUUUCCUUUUCCCUUGUGGAAUCCUUUCUGUAACCAUGUGAGUUAUUGUACCAUCUUGUGUUGAUUUAAAUAUUGUUCAAGUUUACUCAGUGGAGGUUGCCAUGUUAUAACCAUCUUUGGGUCAUCAUCAAACAAUGCAGGUACAGAAGAUCUGCCGUUGCGAAAGAACUUUUUUGCGUAAACUUGCAUGAUCGCUGUCUGAUUGCACCAUAACCAACACCGAUUGAGUUCAGACAGCCCAUUUGAACCUGCGUAACAGCAACUACGGCCAAAGAUGGUUUGGUUUGGAAAACAAGUGCCUAACUGUGAGACAUCGUCGGCAUGUCUUUAUCUUACUGCACUGUGGGUGUUCAAGGGGGUGGGACCAGGGCUGGGAUGGGUCUAUGUUCAGUUGUUUGACCCCUGUUACUGCUGCCCAUUUUGAUGUCUUCUUUAAUGUAGUCCUUUGUUGUAUUUUAUUCGUGUACGUUUUGAUAAAAUAAAGGAAAACAAAUCAGCAAACCUCAA